AUGAGCAGCAAAUCGAGGAGUUCGACUCCGAGUCUGAUUCUGAGGCAGACGAAUCGCGUAACACUACGCAACGGACAGCGCACAACAUCGCCGCACAGGAUACCUUAAGAAGUCAGAACACUACUUCUAGUGCACUGAGAGAAACACAGCCGUCCGACGAUGAAGAUGAUGUAGUGGAUCCGAAUGUGGGGCACAUAGUGGACAUGUCUCUAUUACGAGAUGCACGUACUAUGGAUUUAGAGGGGCGCGCGGCGAGUGGACUCACCCGCGAGGAGAAAGACGAAUUACGCUCCGAAUUCUUACGCACAAUGCAGGAGCGUUUCAUAGCUGGCUUGGAUUCUGAUUUUGAUUACCGGUCCGUCGAUGAUGACGAUGUAUUGGAUCUCGAGAGUAAAGAAUAUGAACAGGAUAUGGCAGACGCUUACUUCGACGAAUGA